GACAUCCUGGAAAGAAAGGUCCAAGAGGCGAGAUAGGUCUCCCUGCGUCAGCUGGAAAGAGAGGCCUGCCUGGGCUGAAAGGGCUUCCGGGACCACCAGGGCCAAUUGGCUUCCUGGGAAACUCAGGCUUGCCAGGGGCUACUGGGUUGCCAGGGCUGCCAGGUCUGAAGGGUGAGAAGGGGUCUGUUGGACUGACAGGUUUUCCAGGGAUUCCAGGUCUCCCUGGUAUUCCUGGAGCAAGUGGAUUAAAGGGAAUUCCUGGGUCGACAGGAAGAGUGGGGCCAUCUGGAUGGGCUGGUAGCCGUGGUGAAAAAGGAGACAGAGGUGACCCAGGCCCCUUUGGGAUACCCGGUCAUCGACCUCCAAUGCUAAACCUCCGCUUCAAAGGAGACAAAGGUUCUCAGGGCUCAGCUGGAGCCGUUGGAUUUCCCGGACCCAGAGGUGACAAAGGAGAGGCUGGCCACCCCGGGCCACCAGGCUUGCCUGGAGCUCCUGGCUUCCCCAGCCUCAUCAAGGGACUUAGUGGGAGACCAGGCCCCCCUGGCUCCACAGGACUACGGGGCUUACCUGGCCUGAAGGGACACCCUGGAAUCACAGGUUUUCCAGGAAUUCGAGGAGAAAGUGGUUCACAGGGUCUCAGUGGAGCUCCCGGGCUAUCAGGAGCAUCUGGUCUCCCAGGUUUAAAAGGAGAUCAAGGCCAGACACUUGGAAUUUCUGGUAGCCCAGGACCCAAGGGACAACCUGGGGAGCCUGGCUUCAAAGGUGUGAAAGGAAAAGACGGACCAGUUGGUGAUGUGGGUUUCCCAGGAAACAAAGGUGAAGAUGGGAAAGCUGGUAUUUCUGGAGACGUUGGCCUUCCUGGCUCCCUAGGACUCCCCGGAGUUGCAGGCAUGAGAGGAAAUCCAGGGCUUCCAGGUUCUCCAGGCCACUCAGGGGCAACUGGGCCCCUGGGUCCCCCUGGCCUAAUAGGAACCAAAGGUUUCCCUGGACUUCCAGGUUUACAUGGACUGAAUGGGCUUCCAGGAACCAAGGGGACCCGUGGAACUCCAGGACCUAGUAUAACUGGUGUGCCUGGGCCAGCUGGCUUGCCUGGUCCCAAAGGGGAAAAAGGUUCUCCAGGAGUUGGCAUCGGAGCCCCAGGAAAGCCAGGUAUAAGAGGACCCAAAGGUAGUCAAGGUUUUCCAGGUCUCCAGGGCGCCGUUGGUCUCCCCGGUGCACUGGGCCUCUCCUUGCCUUCAGUCAUAGAAGGACAGCCUGGCGACCCUGGGCGACCAGGCCUAGAUGGAGAACGAGGCCGCCCAGGCCCCCCUGGACCCCCAGGCCCCCCUGGGCCCUCCUCAGAUCAAGGCGACCCUGGAGACCCUGGCUUCCCUGGAAUUCCUGGCCCUCAAGGGCCCAAAGGAGACCAAGGAAUUCCAGGUUUCUCCGGCCUCCCUGGAGAGCUAGGAUUGAAAGGCAUGAGAGGUGAGCCUGGCUUCAUGGGGACUCCAGGCAAGGUUGGACCACCUGGAGACCCAGGACUUCCCGGGAUGAAGGGGAAGGCGGGGCCAAGAGGCUUAUCCGGCCCUCGAGGUGCUCCUGGACACACACCCAUUGCAGAAGCCAUCCAGGCUCCCCCUGGACCCAUGGGCCUUCCAGGCAUUGAUGGCAUCCCUGGCCUCAUGGGAGACCCCGGAGUCCAAGGACCUGUGGGCCUACAAGGAUCUAAAGGUUUACCUGGCAUCCCUGGCAAAGAUGGCACCAAUGGACUCCCUGGCCCACCUGGGGCUCUUGGUGAUCCUGGUCUCCCUGGACUACAAGGCCCUCCAGGAUUUGAAGGAGCUCCAGGGAAGCCGGGCCCCUUCGGGAGGGCUGGAGUGCCUGGGCAGAGCCUGAGAGUGGGCUACACCUUGGUGAAGCACAGCCAGUCAGAACAGGUGCCCCUGUGCCCCAGCGGCAUGAGCCAGCUCUGGGUGGGUUACAGCCUGCUAUUUGUGGAGGGGCAAGAGAAAGCCCACAACCAGGACCUGGGGUUUGCUGGCUCCUGCCUGCCCCGCUUCAGCACCAUGCCAUUCAUCUACUGCAAUGUGAAUGAAGUGUGCCACUAUGCCCGACGGAACGACAAGUCCUACUGGCUCUCCACCACUGCCCCUAUCCCUAUGAUGCCUGUCGGCCAGACACAGAUCCCCCAGUACAUCAGCCGCUGCUCUGUGUGUGAGGCGCCCUCGCAAGCCAUUGCUGUGCACAGCCAGGACAUCACCAUCCCACAGUGCCCCCUGGGCUGGCGCAGUCUGUGGAUUGGGUACUCCUUCCUCAUGCACACAGCCGCCGGUGCAGAGGGCGGGGGCCAGUCCCUGGUCUCUCCUGGAUCCUGCCUAGAGGAUUUCCGGGCUACUCCUUUCAUCGAGUGCAGUGGUGCCCGGGGCACCUGCCACUACUUUGCCAACAAAUAUAGUUUCUGGCUGACAACAGUGGAAGAGAGGCAGCAGUUUGGGGAGGAGCCUGUAUCUGAGACGCUGAAAGCCGGACAGCUCCACACCCGGGUCAGCCGCUGCCAGGUGUGUAUGAAAAGCGUGUAGGGUGGCACCUGCCACUCUGCCCCUUGCCCUCCCUUCCUGCACACAACGGUCACCUCACAAACCCGAAUGGUCUGAAGAAGAAAGGCCUAAGCCCUUUGGCCCAUCUGUCAAGCUGUACCUUGGAGUCUCGUUUGGCCUGGACUACUGGACCUUGAUCACUCCCACCCUCAGGCCCCCUGGGUGAGCCCACCCUGCUGAGGUCUGCUGUCCCAUUUCAGUCAACCUGGUGCUACAAUUCGGUUUGGAUGUGUGCGUGAUUCUUCAUGGCUACCUCAGAAAGACCGCUAGGCCACCACUUUCUUAGAAUGCUCGCUUUCCUCACCAUCUUGAUCAGAAAGCUCUUCAUGACAGCUAAGGAGUCAUUUCUCUAUGUCCAGAGGUCACCACACAUUAUUUGGCUUAAACUAGAGCCCAGUGUUUCCACACAGAAAAAAUUUUCUCUGGUUCAGCAUUAUGGAUGGAUGGAGCCUGCACAGGGCAAACUCUCACUCUUCACGGAGACAGAAUGAGGUGCUAGCCAGUAACCUGGGGUGAGCUUUGACUCCUUCGACAGUAAGCACGACUGUGCUGGAAGGCCAGCUGCCAAGAGGGGCUCAUCAACUUCAUAUGGUCAUAGACAAAUCAAUUCCUCCUUGUCAGCUCCCUCCCCAGCCACAGGCACCAGACUUGGCCUGAUGCAGAGUAAAGCAGAGGAUGUACCAAAUGGGGUCAGACCCAUAAAGGGAAAUGAGAACUGCCGCCCUUUCUCCUGGGCUGGGGGUAGAGAGGAGGAUGGGUAAGGAGGUGUGAAUUUUGCUUUUGACUCCAGGAACAAAAAGGCAAAUCCCUUGCCCCAAUUUCUCAGAAGCCCUUGUUUAUUCCAAAUGCCAUCCAGAUGUGUGCAAUGUGGCAAAUCAACACUGCAGUGCUGGUUGCUUUGCAUUUUUGAGGCUGUGAGAGACUUGCCAGUAAAAUUUCCAUCCAAUUGCUGUUUCAUAGGUAGCCUGUUAAACCAUUUUGAUGUUUUUUUAAGCCUCAUAAAAAUCUAGCACACUGCUCUCUUUAACAGUUAGCAGACCCAAAGCAAGCCUGGACAGAUUAUAAACUAUAUCGUAUUCUGUUUAGGAAGAUUAUUUUAACCAUUUCCUUUAAUUAUCAGUUUCCCAGAACACUUAGCUAUGUUGACAUGAGGCAAUUCCUUCCAGGUGAUUCUGUUUCCUUAAAUAUUAUAUAAACUGUGCCAACACACACAAAGCAUAAUCAGUAUAAUCCAAACUAUUGUUACCUUCACCUCUUGAGUAAUAAGCAUGGUGUCAACUUUGUACAUUGCAAAUAAAAGGAAUUCAAUGUGAA